UCUCCCAAUGAGAUUGGGCCUGGUUUUGAUUACAUUUAUGUGUGCAUUGAGAACACACAGAGGAUGGAGAUGCUGUUAGUUAACCUGUAAAAGUGUCGUUUUGCUGUAGUCUGUUGCUCAUGUUUGACUAUGUGCGCUUGUGGAAGUGAGGCGAAGAGGGAGUCAAGCCAAUGACAGCAUGAGUCCUCUUGCUCCACCCGUGGACUUGCGGUGUUGUAACAGGACAUUUGGCUGCAUUCAGCAACAGCAGGCAAACAAAUCUCAGCUCCCCACUCAGUUGACUUCUGCCCCCGGGUGAUGGUAUGGAAGGACGAGCAGAAUGAAUAGAUACAGCACCCUCAAACAGCUUGGGGAUGGCACAUAUGGCUCUGUCAUCCUCGGACGCAACCUGGAGUCAGGAGAGCUUGUGGCCAUUAAGAAAAUGAAAAGAAAGUUCUACUCAUGGGAAGAAUGCAUGAACCUCCGUGAAGUUAAGUCUUUAAAGAAGCUCAACCAUGCAAAUGUGAUCAAGCUGAAGGAAGUCAUCAGAGAAAAUGACCACUUGUACUUUAUCUUUGAGUACAUGAAGGAAAAUCUGUAUCAGCUAAUGAAAGACAGAACUCGGUUGUUCCCAGAAUCAGCAGUUAGAAAUAUCAUGUUUCAGAUCCUCCAGGGGCUUGCAUUCAUUCAUAAACAUGGGUUUUUCCACAGAGACAUGAAGCCUGAGAAUCUUUUGUGCAUGGGCCCAGAGUUGGUGAAGAUAGCUGACUUUGGCCUCGCCCGUGAGAUAAGAUCUCGACCACCGUACACGGACUAUGUGUCAACAAGAUGGUACCGAGCACCAGAGGUCCUCCUCAGAUCCAUAUCCUACAGUUCCCCCAUAGACCAGUGGGCAGUGGGGUGCAUCAUGGCAGAGCUUUACACACUCAGGCCUUUAUUCCCCGGCUCCAGCGAGGUGGACACCAUAUUCAAGAUUUGCCAAGUUUUGGGUACACCAAAGAAGAAUGAUUGGUCGGAGGGAUUCCAGCUGGCCAGUGCCAUGUAUUUCCGUUGGCCUCAGUGUGUUCCCAGUAAUCUGAAGACACUGAUCCCUAACGCCAGUCCUGAAGCCAUCCACCUGAUGACUGACCUGCUCCAAUGGGACCCGAAAAAAAGACCAACUUCUGCACAGGCUCUCAGGUACUCUUACUUCCACGUGGGCCAGGCUUUGGGCACCCCUCAGCAGAUUCUGGAGCAGGGCAGACCUCAGCCUCAUCCGUUGCCCCCGCAACCACAAUUAUUACAACCCCAACAAACUCCACAGCAGCAACCCUUACAUCUGAGGCCUGUGCCCCCCUCUCAGCCACCCCCACCGCACAACCAACACUGCACCCCCUCCAGGCCUGUGCAGCAGCUCAAGCAGUCCUCCCCUGUCCCAGCCCCGCCGGCAGGAUACCACUGCCACGUGGAGCUGGUUCGAGAGCAGCAACAUAAGCACCUUCUCAAGCAGGAAACCAGAGAAGGAACACCACAGACUCAUCUACCUUACAUUCCUGAGAAGAGCAAGAUGAGGCAGGAAAGUGACAAUGCUAACCUGCUGAGCUCUCAGAUGAAAGCGAAGGGAGGGCGUCGCCGCUGGGGUCACGGCACAGGACACCUUAAAGGGGAUGAGUGGGACGACUAUGAAGAUGCUUCACUGAUGCCAUCAAGUGUUCUUGGAAAAAGCAAGGCAGAUGAGCCAUUUAGAAGAUAUAGUGACAUUCUGGACUUCAGUCGACCUAAUGGCCAAGAAGAAGCACCUUUAAACCUAAACAAGGCAUCAGGCUACCAGGAAGCAUCGAGGACUGCGUCUGCCAAACAACACUACCUGAGGCAGUCUCGAUAUUUACCAGGUAUCAGCAGCACAAAGAAAGGUGUGGCCAUAAACGCAAAUAAAGACAUGCACGGGAGCCAUCUUUGGGGCAACAGCAGUAUUCCAUUUGGCGGUACACUACCAAGCAGAGGUCUUCACGGCACAAAUACAAUCCCUGGAGGGUGCAUGCCAACAUUUUACACAAAAGAUGUCAGCUCUGUUGGUCACAGAGGUCACCGCGGUCCUUCUUUGGAGUCAACAGCAUCAAAUUAUGCAACGUGGCGGGCCGGUCGGAGCGAGAGGAAUGCCUCCACCAACAUGGCCAACAAAAGCCCCCCUUGUCUGUUGCCACGUGCACCAGUACAGACCAUCCACGGGCGAAUAGACUGGUCUGCCAAAUAUGGACACCGCUAGUGGCCUAGAAGACACUCUUUAAUUUACCUCCCAAAGAUUAGGCCUGUUUGUUCGGUAAUCAAAGGGUGUACAUACAUCUUAACGCAGCAAUAAUGUUUGUUUCACUACAUUUACCAUGGAUAUUGUGUAUGUAUAUAUGUAUGUAUAUGUGUGUGAGGCUACAUGCAACCUGCCAAAAAAAACAUAAACCUCUGUAAUAUAUUUAUUUACUCUAUAGCUGUGGUAACACUUAUGUUUUAUAUGGUUUAUUAUUGAACCUGUUUACCAACAUGUAUAAAUUAAAUGCAUAUUAUGAGGGCACGGUGAGUUGUUUAUAGCCAACUAAUUACUUUGCUACUUUGUAUAAAUAUGUUGCUGUUUUUUUACUUUGUGAUGCUGAUUAGUGUGUGUGUGUGCUUUUUUUUCAAUUAAAGUCAUGGCAGUGAUAUAAAAAUA